AUGCUUUUGGCAACAGGUCAUGAUGGAAUUGUGCGUUCUGAUGGUGUCAUUUUGAAUGAUGAGACGAUUGCCUACCUUUGCAAGCAGGCCGUGUCCCAAGCAGAAGCGGGCGCAGACUAUGUCAGCCCCAGUGACAUGAUGGAUGGCCGGGUAGGAGCCAUCCGUGAUGCACUCGAUGAAGCUGGCUUUACAAAUGUGGGCAUCAUGGCAUACAGCGCCAAAUAUGCCUCCGCUUUCUAUGGGCCAUUCAGAGAAGCGCUGGACUCAAACCCAGUCAUUGCGGACGACUGGAAGGUGCCAAAAGGGAAAGAGACUUAUCAGCAAGACCCGGCCAAUUACAAGGAGGCCUUGCUGGAGGCAGCACUCGAUGAAGAGGAGGGCGCAGACAUUCUGAUGGUGAAGCCUGCAAUGCCAUACCUUGACAUCAUCAAGGGCUUGAACGAGCAGAGCAACCUGCCAAUUGCGGCAUACCAUGUGUCCGGUGAAUAUGCCAUGCUGAAGGCCGCAGCACAAAAUGGGUGGUUGGACGAAAAGGCAGUCGUCCUCGAGGCAUUGAUGUCCAUCAGAAGAUCUGGAGCCACGGUGAUUCUCACGUACUAUGCAAAGCAGGCGGCCCGCUGGCUGCAGGAAGAUGCUGCCUGA